UAACAUGAUAAUGGUGUUUGACUUUGAAACUCUUGUCUUCAAAUUAAAUGUGGGUUGUGUUUGUCACUUUUGCAGUUCUAAGGGGAAAGGUAGUUGGAGUGCAGGAGGUUGAUGCUGGCAAUGACAUCUAUGGAAACCCCAUCAAGCGUAUCAAGUAUGACAUCAAACAAAUCAAGAUGUUCAAAGGUCCCAGCUAUGAUAUUGAUGCCAUCUACACCGAACCCUCUCCUUCACUGUGUGGAGUGACCCUUGAGAAUAAUGGCAAGGAGUAUCUCAUCACAGGCAAACUAAAAGAUGAUGGGACGAUACAUAUCCAUCUCUGUGACUUCAUUCAGCCCUGGGAGGAUCUGAAUGAAACCCAGAAGACUCAGCGCUAUGAAAUGGGCUGUGGAUGCAAGAUCACCCGCUGCACCUCCAUCCCCUGCAUGGUCAGCAGCCCGGCCGAGUGCCUGUGGAUGAUUGAGAAUGAGGUCUACGGAGGGCUGGUCAAACACUUAGCUUGUAUCAAGAGGAGUGAUGACUAUUGUGCCUGGUACAGAGGGUCAAGGAAUGAAUUCCCCCACUGACAGAUAGUGUCAGGAUUUCUCAGAUGAACUACAAUUCCAAUACCAAAAUACAAAUACAUACCCAAGUAAAAUUCCCAUUUCGUUUUCUCUUCUUAAAAAGCCAUUGGGUGUGUUAGUAAAGGUGUGCGACGCCCCCGAUGACGU